GAAUACGUACCGUAGCAUUGAGAGCAGGGGUCAUGAUUGAGAGACGUUCACGGAGCUCCCAAUAGGUUGUGGAAUUUUAUCUUUCAUCGCAAUCCAGACAACACAACAGAGUAUUUUSCAAAGCAUCAUAAACCUCAAGAAAUUCGGAGUCAUGGAGGAUAGUAGACAAACGACGAAGCGUUCACUUCAUAUCAUUGUCGUUGUUCUCGGGGACUUGGGAAGGUCUCCGCGAAUGCAAUAUCAUGCUAACUCACUUCUGAGAGAAGGCCAUACUGUCUCGCUAGUUGGAUACACUGGAGAGGUGAGAAUUCGUAAGCUAUAUUGUUCUCGAAAUCAACAAUAUUGAUGUAACGUUACUGAUUUGAUUUGUGCUGCAUUUUUCUACGCGGAAUACAACGCCAGGAGUUAAUUCCUGAAUUGCAAGAAAGCACGGAUGAUAGAUUGAAUGUGGUCCGAUUUUCUGUCCCCUCGCCUAGCAUUAUGAAGAAAAUACUACCGAUUUAUCUUUUUUGGCGAAUUCUGAGCCUCUGUUUUUAUCUAUUGUACGCCCUCACAGUCUCUGUGCCAAAGGGAUUUUCCAAGAUGAAACGUGUCGAUGGAGUAUUGGUUCAGAAUCCACCUGCAAUGCCCCUCCUUGUAGUCGUWUAUUUGUACUGCAGUCUCAUGUCAAUGUUGAGGGGAUACAGGCCAGCGUUCAUUAUCGAUUGGCACAACCUGGUAAGCCCAAAAUAUUCUUUUCCUUUURUUUGUGCUGUAUAUAUACUAUCAUCGAAAGACUCAAGUUUCGAUGUACUUCAUGCUAAAAACGAUUUGAAAAAUUGUAUACGAAAGGGAUUUACAAGUAAGUAGCAAUAGUACGAUGCAGCUUAUUUUAUCAGAGUUUCAGAGAAGGAAUUGUUUCGCUCUAAUAUAUUUGGUACAUGAUGUUAUUUCAUAAACGCUUUCUUUCUCGAUUAAUGCUGUUGCAGUGUUGGCUAAAAGCAGCAUGAUUUUCGCCACCAUAGCAMGAUUUUAUGAACAACUUAUGGCACCAUUGGCAACAUCUCACUUGUGCGUAACCGAUGCCAUGAAAACAUUCAUUGAAAAACAAUUCAGAAUAAACGCUUCCAAAAUUUAUGUGGUGCACGAUUGCCCCAGUUCUAUGUUUUAUCCUCGCUCCGCGAAGGAUAACCAUGCAUUAAUGACAAAGAUUCACGGGAAGGUUUGUGCUGGAUGCCCACGAUCUUGGUAUCAGCAUUUAGACCCAWGUUAUCAGACGCUUUUCACAGAAAARAACUUGAAAGUUGGAACAAACGAAUUCGAUGAAUAUGGUCCCCGAAGUGGUCGGCCUGCGCUUAUCACUAGCUCAACGUCAUGGACGCCGGACGAAGACUUUGGAGUUCUGUUGAAGGCGCUGGAACGACUCGACGGGACCUUAACUGAAUUAAAAUCGUCACUCAAGGUGGUAGUUGUAGUAACUGGAAAAGGGCCACUGAAAGGAUUUUAUCAGAAAGAAAUCUCGAUGCUCAAAUUCAAACACGUUGCUAUAGUGACACUUUGGCUAGAACCUGCUGACUAUCCGCGACUACUGGCUUGCGCUGAUGUAGGGAUUUCGCUUCAUACGUCCACCAGUGGGAUCGAUCUCCCAAUGAAAAUCUUGGAUAAUUUUGGCUGCGAAGUUCCGGUAUGCGCUUUUAAYUUUCCAUGCCUUAAGGAACUAGUCGAGGACGAUGUAAAUGGCAAAAUAUUCAAUUCCAUUUCCGACUUGCAUGACCAGCUACUCGUUCUUUUGAGUCCACUGGAUAAGUAUCCUGGGUCGUGGCCGCCACAUAGUUUUGGAGACCUCGCAAAAUAUAGUCGAAAAUUGAUGGGACGCAAAAAAUGGGACUCUAAUUGGAAAGAAAAUGCGCUUCCUGCAAUCCAUUGCUCCGUGACUCUAUAGGCGAAGGAUUCRUGGAUUUUUUCUAUCUCAAUAAAUGGUUUGUUUGAAUCCAAGACAAGUAKUUUGAAUGUAACUCUUGAAGUAUCAACGCGAGCGUAGUGUAGCAUGUCUUUCCAUCACAUCGUGGAUCAUCAAAAGUAUGUGUCGUUUACGUGAACAAUAGUGUGAAUGUCUCUACCAUGCACGAUAGAAUCGAGAUCRMCUCCUGUCAGAAAGAGCAUCCCAUUUCUUGCAGGAAAACCAUGUACUCAUGCCCAUACUUGCCUUCACUCUGUUUACCACAUUGAAAAUUUUGAUUUGACUAGUACUCACACCAAUUAUAGUAAUCACCAGCACUACUGAUGGAAAAGUUAGAAUCCAAUGGCAAUUAUKAUAGUUUCCAUCUGGAUGUAUUGUUUCUUUAGUUUAAUGAAUUUGUAUCAAAAUAGAAAAACAGGCAGCCA